AUGCCCUCAUCACAGGUCAUCGACCCGACCGAGCUGAAUCUCAGCAGUGACGAGCUCUCUCUUCUCCGCCAAGGACAGUCUGCACUUGCUCAUGGCGGAAAUGGCUCGUCAUCGUCUCGGGCGGCAAGCCGUGCGUCAUCACAGGGCAUGUUUCUGCUCGACCACGGCUCGCUUGCUGCCCUCGAAAUAUACUUUGAGCGUGUAAUGAACCACAUCGCCCAGCAAAUGGACUACUUGAGCGAACAGUCCCAGGUCGCAACCCAGAUGAUGUAUGACGAAACAGGCCAGAUGAUUGUGGAUGCGGAUGCCGAGAUUGAGCGUUUCAAGAAGAUCAACAGCCAGAUCGACGAGCUCGAACUCGACUUUGACCGCAUUGGCCACAUUCGCGAGAUCGUUCGCGAUAUUCGGCAACGCCUUGAAGAAGCUGAAUUCGAAAUGGAUCGCAGUGGCAGCAGUCACAGCCACAGCCACAGCCACGGACACGGACAUGGUCACGGCCACUCUUCAUCAUCUCGGCGCCGUGAGGGACACCGGGACGGCCACUCGAGCCGACGUCACCGACACUGA